AUGGUGGUGCGACCUCCGAUCGAAACAUGGAGUCGGGUGCAGUUGGAGGAGAAUUUCCACUCGGCCUAUCAGCAAUUGCAAACGGCUCAAAAGAAGAUCAACGAACAAGAGAAGAAAAUCACUGUGCUCAAUACGAGAUUGCGAUCGUCUGUGAUGGAACGAAAAGCAAAGGAGGAUGCUUAUGUGCUCAGGGAAAAAUACGAAGAACUUCAACGAGAAAAUCAAGUCCUUGCCUUGAAGCUGAAAACAGUGAAGCACCAGAUCCUCACCUAUACCACUCCUGCAGCGCGGCCUAUCACAGCAUCCGCGAUGACGGGUCGAACCACGUAUCGUCCACAGCCGUCUAUUCGACGUCUGCCGCAAACAGCUUCGACCGCCGCCGAUAAAACAAGCAGAACUGAACAGCCCAGUGAAAGAACAAGAACACCACCUGCUCGAAUAAGUGAGAGUUCGUUGAAAGACAAAGCCGCCUUCAUUCGUCUGAAUCGACUAGUCAGAGAGAAGAACAGCGAAGUGGCGGAACUUCAGUAUGAAAUUGAACGACUCAAUGGGCUCGUGGUGGACCUCCGUGCUCAGCUUGAGCAGAAGUCAUCUGCGGUGCGCGAGCUUGAGGUCGAAGCACGAAACGCAAGGGAGAGAAGUGACGACAGCCAAUAUGUAGGCAGAAUCGAGCUUCUCACCAAGCAGCUUGCAGUGAUCCAGUCAGAAAAUGAAGUGCUCAAAGAGGCGAACGAACGUCUCGUGAAGCAGUCACUAUCGAUGGAAUUCGAUGAAAGCGCGAAGGAACAAAUCGAACUGAGAAAGCAGAUUUCAUUCUUAGAGGAGAGGAUAAAGGAUAGUGAGCAGAAGAGGUUGCGAGCUGAGCAGAAGCUGAAAACGGAAAAGCAGAAGCUGAAGAGAUCACACAAAGCGGACAAGGCACAGCAGAAGGAGCCCACAAAGAGUGAAGAAUCUGUGGAUGAGUUUGAGAUGCCACCAAAGAAGGAAAGCAGUGACGGCAAACGAAGGAAAAAGAGCAAAAAUGACGACGACAUACUAGAGCGACUCUAUCGUGACGUAUCGGCUAUUCUUGAAUCCCAUGACGACCGCCUCGAGCAUGGCGACACCGAUGGAUCGGGCGUGUCUUCUGAGAAUAUUACGAAAUGGAAGAAGAUGUAUGCCGGUCUAUACGACGAGUUAGAGAAGGUCCGCAACAUGCUCCUCAUUCAACACAACAUCAAUCAGAAGCAGACUACUGAGAUCACCUUGCUACAAGAGGAGAUGGAGGCUGUGAAGGUGCGAUAUGAAACGAAGUUAGCGGAAAUGCGAGACAAGGUUGUGGAAAAGCAGAAAAAGGUGCUUCUGCUAGAGGAACAAAUUCGAUCCAUUGCCUACGGCACCCAGAAACCGAUUCCGCUCAAGGCGGUGGAAGCCAAGAAUGAACUCACAACAGAUCUUUCUAUUAUGUUCACCUCGAUCAGCCUCACAGAUGAGUUUGUUGCUGCAGUUGGCGUGUGCCCAGCAUACUUUCUGUCCCUGGAAUUCUUCGAUUUCGAACUGCAGACGACGCCGAUUCUAACGAAUCAGACGAACACCCUUGACUUCACCACGAUCUACAGUGUGGUGGUGUCAAAUCUCUUUGUGCACUACAUAGAAACGAAUGGCAUCACGAUCGAAAUGUAUUCGCCCAAAAAUACUGCAUAUACUCUAUUGGCUGCCGGU